AUGCUUGGAUUAUUUACUCACGUGAGGCUGAAAAUGUACAUUUUCACCAUCGAUGAACAAACGAACCAUUCAGCAGCGUAAUGUGUUUACAUUCUGGAUCGACUAAGUAGUUGUACUUUUCAGGGCUUCGCAUGCUUUUAUCUGUAAUGCAACAAUUGUUAAGUUACACUUGACACGCUUCCUCGUCCGUGUCUUCGUCGAAUUUUUUCCUCAUGCUAAUUCGUCUUCACAACUUAUCGCACAUCUGUUCGAUCGAGUUACUUAAUAGCUGUUCACUGUCAUCCUCAAGCUUCUUUAUUCAUGCGACGUAAUUUCAUUCCUGUGUCCAAAAUCAUCAUAAUGGUUUCGGGCCUGCCACGUCCAAAUGUUUGGUCGUUUCCUCGUGAUCCAGAGUUGGAGUAUGCACUAUGCAUUAAAAGGGACUGACCAAUCUUUGCCUGAAUACGGUACUACGAGAAGGAGAUGUCGAGGUGUUUUGUUGGACGUAAUUUUCUUCCAAAAUAUAUUGAUUUGGACAGUCUUAUAGAUAUCUAUACAUUUAUCGAUAUAUAUAUAUAUAUAUAUAUAUAUAUAUAUAUGCAUAUAUAUAUAUACAUAUAUAUCGGUCCUGAAUCAAAGUGCGUUCACCCUUGAUGUAACGACGUUGAUAAUACAUGAAUUUCCGUUUCACAGCGCAACCAUCAGAGACCGAACGCUACUAUUUUGCAUCGUGGUAAGCAAAAAUAACCUUCAAAAAUCCCUAUUAUUUUGAGUCAGGAGCAUUUGAAACAGUGACAGAGGACUGCCUUUUCCUAAUUUAAGUAGCUGCUAUAGGUAAAAUCCCACAACCUAUCCUCAGAACCUAGAUCCUUUUUAAGCAGAACAUUCUCAUGAAUCCCCUACCAAUUUUGACGAAAAUUGACCUAGGACACAGUGUUUUGUGUUACUGUGCAAAACUUUGUUCGUUUAUGAAUUAUUUGCCUUUCAAGAGUUAUGGAUAUUUUCUGUGACAUUGCGCCAUUAAUUUCCAGUAUCUUGUGAACCUUCUUCGAACAGUCUCGAAUAAUGGGUAGUCAAAACAUCCUGGGCAUUCCUGACUGCCAACUAAUGGUAGCAUGUGGUGCGAUCGCUUUUCCUUUCGAAUGGUCUCUAUCGAAUUCGUAAGGCGGUGCUGGUUGCCGGCUGGUCGAAUAGGGAGUUGAAAGGCAUGUUUGAAAUACCCGACUAAUCGACAACACAGCGUUUUGGGGAAUUGUACUGCUAUGAAAAGAAAUUCCACUUUCCGUACGGUGACUCAACCAAAAUUAUUAAGGGAUCUUGACCCCAACCCUUAUUGUUGGCAUUUUGCUAGCCGUUCUUCUUAAUGUUCCUCUUUCCAUUUCAUACAAAAAUGAGUUACCUCCUUCCAUCACGCUUUCAGCAUAGAAUAUGGUUAUUCCUCAGCCUAAGUAUCUAGGUUGGGCGCUUGUCUGCCGAGCAGAGUUCUGCGCCAAAUGGUUGUGACGGUCAGGGAUAUAAAGCCAACUAUAAUCACACAAUACGUCCCGUCACUUUUGUGAUUGGUUGACCCGUGAGCCAGAUUGUGACCACAUAACUACGAGGCACUAAAGAUGACAAGCAUAUUCAGUCUGCGCGCGCGUGAGGCUGUGCUUGCUUGUGGGCGUUGGCGUUACCCGAUCCAACUGGACAAGAGACGCCUCAUGUGUUGCGUGAGUGGUGUUAAGACGCUAGUGACACGAUUGUGGGUGAGGUUGGUCGUCUGUGCGGCUGUCGACUGACAGUCAGACGCCGAAAUUUGGGGCACUAGCGCGACUCUCACGCAGUCAAAAAUCAUAAUGCAACUGUUGACGAUCAUGUCACAGUCUAAGCGGGGUUAAUCGUUUAGUUAUUUACACCUCUUUGUUUACCCUCUUUUUAGAAAGCCAAAAAACGAGCAGAGGGUGAGAUGGCUGUCAGCUCUCCAAUGAUUAGUAUUUUUGAGGAAUGCCAGGAGACGAAAUUGUCGCACGAACGCCUCUGCGACUCACUGCUGGCCGUCUACAAACAGGUCAGAAUUGGUUGAUAUUAAGUCUUACUUUCUUUGAAAACCUGGUUUGUUCCACAAUAAAAUACCACUCGGGCAGGCAGUCAAAACCUUCGUAUCCCAAACGGAGUAGACAAAACGUUCGUAACCAGGGAGGGAAUGGCAAACUGAAGAUUGAUGAUGACCUUGCCGUACAUGGGGUCCAAUAAUUGCUGAAUUUUUAUGGUACAAACCUUAUUUUAGAUAAUUAUAGUAGGAAGUUUAUUCUUUUAAUGAAUUCGGCUUAAUGCAAAUUCUUAUCAAAUAUCACACUUUGUGGACGUUUUUCGCGAGAAUCGUUUACUGAAAAGUAUACUUUGCAGAUAUCUAAAAAGAAUAAAGCGUCAGUAAUGAUAGUUUUAAUCCAGCUGGCUACAUUUGACGUCAAGGCCGUUGUCCUAACUCCUGGAAUCGUGUAUUUUCUAGAUGCCGUUCGGACACUUUACAGAAGAAUUUUUCGAAUUAUGUCGGUACAGCCUAGUGAGUUCCGUGCGUUCGACCUACCGGGAGUGCACAAUCGACUUUAUCGUUCGCUUUGUGAUUUAUGCUACCAACGAAACAAGUACAAGCGGGGCCGAAGAAACAGCGAAUAAAAGGCUUCUUAUCAAGAUGUUCUUCUUCUGUUUUAAGGCAAGUUUAUUUGAUUGUGACGUAGCAAAGGCUCGAGUCAUUUUUCCUAGGAUUUAUUCUAACACAUCAAGCCGUAAAGGCUCUUAGAAAUAUUGUUCAGUGUGAAGUAGCACCCUUCAUCAUUGUGCGUCUCAUGGAGAUCGUUCUAAAUCGCCUCCACCCGUACUUGUAAAGGCGUUUACCGUGACUGAUUAAGCUAACCGCGUGUCUUGUUUAUCGCAUUGUGAAUGAAUACCUAUUAUUGCGAUCAGUCGACAACGGACUUCCAACGACGUUGAGUCAGUUGGCAUCCCAGCCCCCCAGACCAAAGAUCAGGGACUCAGAGAUGCGACCGAGAUCGGUUUUCGUCAAGUCCAUUUAUCUACAUCUCGAGUCAUCUCCCUCGACGACGUAACCGGCUAUGGUCUGGUUCGUGCGAGUUGAUAUUUAGAGCGAUUUCGCUUUCAGAUCGACAGGGUGCGUGACCUAACUAUCUCAGUUGGUGAGUUGCGUUCCUGGCAGAGUCUACACUUGCUGGAAGCAAAUGUGAUAAAGUUGAUGAAUUAGGAGAAUGGAGCUUGAGGUCCCGGUCUCGAAUCUGCGCAAAAGGAUCUUCUUGAACGAAGCCUUAUAUACUUCUAACUUUGUCAUCAAACUGGUCUCACGGCAAUCCCAGCGGUCUUGACGGAGUUCAACGGGGACAGCCAGCACACUUGGAGCGUCCGAUGGUCGACUCUACCAUAAAUUUGUGUGUUUGACAAAAAGGUCGAUACAAGCUAUCAGGAACCGUUCAUUGGUCCACUAACCUCACCGCAUACUCUGGUUGAGCCGAUACUUACAUCUUCAAAACUCAGUAUGAAUAUUCGUUCUUGAAAAUCUGCUUUUCUUGCGCACUUCGACUGCCUUUACACCUGUGUGAGAUACCGCACGUCACAUUUCAAUGAUAAAACUCACUGGCGCCGUAACAAUGUUAGCGUGGUUAGAUAUGCAACACUGAGUAGUCUUCCAGUGCGCGUCCAAAAACCCAAUUUGUCGUAUAAUUGAACCGAGUUGCUGCCGGAGGUGGGCCCUGAUGAGCGUCGGAGUUGACUACAAAUAAGUUAUUCUCCCUGUCGUUCGCACGUAUUUUGUUUCUUGCUGGUAGUAAGCUUGGAUCAGACGAAGUAACUUCGGUUGCAUUCCGUCGUGUAGCAUGCCCGGCUACAGGAAAUCCUGGGGGACAGAAUCAGAAGCAGAGGCAGGAUCCACUAAGCAGAUGAGUGUUUUGCCAGUAAUAGCGCCUGCUUUCUGGGGUCCGGUGGAGGUAAAAGUGGCCUAGGCAUCCCCGUCCUGGCCGAAAAUCGCACUGACCUUGUCCACUCUUCGUGGGGAACCAGAAACGAUUAAGGUGGACGGUGGAGUAGACCUUUGAAGCAUCCUUACGUACGCCGUGGUAGUUUUUGUGAUGAUCGGCCACUCUUCUCGAUCGACAUAGUGACUGUCUCUCUACAGUCUGCGGGUAUGGUCUCUGCUUUCUAGAUUUGGAGCAGAGGUCCUGUAGUCGGUCAACUAGUGUUGUUGAGCAGCACAUGUAGAUUUCCAUUCGAAGGCAGCCAUCGCCGGGUGCCUUGUCGUUAAAUCUGUCUAUCGCUUCAAAGACCUCGUUAAGUGGUGGUCUACAGUCAUAGUUAUACUCGGGCGCCCAAGUUCCUUCAAACCGAACUACAUCAGAAGCGCGAACCUGUCGGCUUCAGAAACUGCGCAGAGUCCUUCUCUCGGAGUUCCGUGUCCAGCGUGGACAUAAUCACCACACCAUGGCUGUAUCCAGCUAAGAGGUUGGUUGAUACUCAAAAUCUGAAACAUUGUGGACGUAUUUUUAUUAACUGAAUCACAUUCGAGAUAUCGGACAAUCUUACUCCAGAAUUGGCCUCACUCGUACUGUGCAGCGCGUAUGGAUCCACAACGCAGGUUCCCGAAGUUUGAGUCGUCACGAUGGUCGGGAGAACGCGGACUGUCUGUCAGUCGAAUUAUUUCACCAGAGAUCCGAUCCUUACGUCCACGGCUACUGUGACCGAGCAGCUACUAGGAAGUUUUAUGAAGAGUAGAAUUUGAUGCAUGCCAGUUCUUUUCUGCCAGAAAUGUCCUGGAUGUGGUUGUCAUCUGCAUGAGCCCUGCGAAGUGGCCAGAGACAACUGAAUAGAAGCCUGUGGCAGUUGCAGGAUCCACUAGGCGACCAACGUUGUACUUGUUGACAUGUCUUUUCGACAACAUGUAGUUUGAACUGCGAACGAGCCCUCUCGAUGGUUUGGCCAGAGCCGUCCUUUCUACCGGUUUUGCCACCACGCUUUAAGUGGGAGUCUAGCAGUGAACCGGUUGGGCGUGCUUCACAGGUUCGAAGUCGAUUUGAUCUUGAGUGUGACUCACUCGAGCGCCAGGUGACCAAGCGUUUCCUGGGUACUAGAAGCUGCUUUUCGUAACAUUCAGGCUGUUCCGUGUAGCGGAAGCUGGGGGCUUCCCACCAUUCGCGCAGGGUUUUCUACUGCGUUGUGACCAAGGCCUCGUCUAGUUGGUGCAGCAUUCUCCUUCGACCUGAGACCCUAGUUCCAGCAGGGCAAAAAGAUCACACAUCAGAAGACGCCUGAUAUUGGUCUGAUGUCCGUCAAAAACGUUUCCUGCUGGGUGUCAGUAAUAUCCAACACCGGGGCUCGGAACGCGACAUCGGUGCGUUUACGACAACAUCAUGAAGAUGCAGAAGUGCGAUCCUCGGUGACACCGGUUCCCAUCACAUACGUAUGCUUUGAACUGAGCGGCUGAGACGUCAUGUUAAUUAGAGUUCAGUAAGACCACUGUAUUAUGGCUGGUAGAGUUUCUCAGCGUCUAACGCCUUGAUACUGUGCUUGCUAUAAUCUAACAAGCACAACUCGGAGAGGCAUAGAAAGUCCAAGUCAUGGUGCGCCCAAGCCCGCGGUUGUCGUCCUCUAACUUGUAAUGCGCAAUCUCUUCUUCAUUUCGAAGAGGCUAACGUCCAUACGUAUCGUCUGACCCGCUCAUAAGGGUCCGUACGCGUCCGAUAUCGCGACCGCUCUAUAAUGAGUCGAACUUCGCGAUCAGCGAACCUGCAUGAUAGCGCCUCGGCGAUUUUAUUAAAUCCGGUCUCCUUGCCUCUUAAAUUGACUCUUGGAUGGGGGCCCAUCCCACAAGACGGCGGCAGCAAGACAGACUAAUUUAGUGGAGGUUCAUGCCUGCCAUGUUACAUUUCCGCUCCUGUACUUCGCGGCAUUUUCUGGGAUAUUCGUUUUGCUAGACUCCAACUCCACGGGUCCUGAGAGCGCUAUUUCUGCUAGUUUAGGAUUGCUUAUUUAGCAGCCAACCUUCAGUAUCCGUCACCUCUGGGCGUGCCAAAUAGCCGGCAGUUGGACCAGCAAGCAGAUCUCGUCUUCUGGAAUUUUCAUUUUAAACGCCAAAGUUUAUUACAGAGGCGGGUCGAGACAUCUUAUCGACUGAAAUGCGGGUUUUUCCUACUAGACUCUACUAGACCCAGCAUCAGUACGAGACUUUGUGACCUUUUUGAGGUUUUGCCCCGGACCUAAUCGAGACUGACUUUACAGUACGGAAACCGUGAUGUUUUGGAGCAUUUUCCUGUCACAUAACCUUGGAAACAGUUCAUAAUUUACUUUUUUGGAAUUUAUUGCUUUCGUCAACGUUAAACGAUUUUAUCGGCUGUAGUACCACGAAUGUGCCGACCAAGCCCCGAGAUUUCGAUGCACUCAGCUCAUCUCUAAGCUCUUACGAGUAAUGGAUCCUCAGUCCUGUUUACCUAUGGAGUUGUUUGACGCGAUCCGACGUGUCCUCCUCCAGCGAUCACGGGACGUGAAGGCAAGUAUUUCAUUUUUGUGGGCCUUGUGAUUGAUCUUACUUAUUUCCUUCAAGUUAAUUGCUUCCAUUACGGCAAGCAGCAUUAUUGUUGUUGUGAUUUCUAUCAAGGUAUUUUGCAUACAGAGAACAGUCGCACGAGGAAUGAUUCCUUGCCCAUUACAGCCAGACAUUUUAGGUCCUAAUUCCCGCGGCCUGCUGCAUAAGACGGUUGCUUUGUGACAUAAAUAAUUUAGGGACGCAAAACAAUCAGUCCCUAACUUUUUGCACAAUACCUUUCAGUAAUGACUCAAUAAGUGUUUCGAAGACUCCUUGGUUUCUGCGAAAAUUGUCUUGAAGAUCAUGUUACAGCUUUACGUACGAAGAAAUAAGGACUGAUUCAACUGGUCCCCAUGUUACAUUUUAACCACAGCACAAAGGAUUUAUCUCCACUCAGGUCGAUUGGUGGCAAUUCCUGAAGCGAAGUUGAACUAUUUGACACUUUCCUCGUGGAAUUUUAAUUUUGAAAUUUUUGAUCGAACUAGGACUUGUGGUCGCCCAAUAAGUUUGUGUGCUUGCUCACUCCCUUUGAUGAACACCUAUCCGAGUACUUUCACGCAUUGUGUAAACUCAUAUUCUGUCAGCCCGAGAAAGCCUUCCUGACCAGCGUCAGCAUCACCGUAAUAAUAAUAAUAAUCAUCUUCCCCCUUGCUCCCCUCCUCCUCCCCUUCUCCCCGUUGUUUUCCUCCUCCCCCAUAAUUAUCAUCCUUGUCAUCACAAUCAUCUCCAUCACCGGCAUUUCCUCGUUAUUAUCGCUAUAGCCGUCCUCAUCGUCAGUAUCACUUUAUUCCUCUGGCGCAUACCACGAAAUGAUUUCGUUGAUAGUCCCAACUUUUUCAUAAUUCAGACCGUUCGAAAAUCUGCUCAGAGGCUUUAAAGAGGGGGGUUAAUGUUCACCUUUGGCAGCAUUCCAUACGGAUUCAGGCGAUCUACGGCUUGGCACGACUUCAGAAUCCCCUGGACAAGGACUGUCCUGUUGUUGCUGCACUCAUCUGGCUCGCUCGUCACGAUAACAGUCCUGAGGUACGCCGCAGGGCUCUGGCCGCACUGAUACUGACCACAGCGACGCUGCCGUGCGUGGUUGAGCGCUGCCGUGACGUCUCGAAUGUAAUCCGAAGGACGGCAUUCGGCAUCCUGACAGAACACUCUGUGCUGCGACCUCUUUCCAUAGCCCAGCGCAUUUCCAUUAUGCAAGACGGACUAACCGACCCUUCCAGUAAGUUCACAAACUUGUGGUAAAAACGCUCCGGUUUACAAAUUUUUACCAUUGAAUGCCUGCUGGUCACUUGGUAGAUUCAAGUCCGAAGCUGUUAUCCCACAGUAGUUCGCAUUUCGAGAUAUGAAUGCCAACACAGACGACAUUUUCGGCUAAAACGUUUCCGGAUCGACUAUCCAAGACGAAGUUGACCUCAUCCUCGGGGCUUGUCGGCAUAGGCGGACUUUCAAAGUCAUUGAUUGUAUACUAGGCACUCGGAAUGGUUAUAUCGGAUAAACAUCCACCGAUGAUACUAGUAAAUUAGUCUCGUUAAUUGGAAGCUGUACCUCACUGAACAUACAUUUAUGAGUGUUGUUUAAUUUCCUCCCUCUAACCCAUACCUUCUGACCCAGCCUGUUUUCAUAUAGAUGAGGUUCAAAAUGCCGCCGAAGGUUUGCUGCGGACUUGGUUCGGAUUAGCUGAUGAGGACCCCAUUCUCCUCCUUCGACGUCUGGACACUGAGGGUGUCCCAAAAACCAGCACUCUUUGUCUUGAACGUCUACUGGUCAUACUUGAUGAAGAGGCCUUGACAAGCAUGAUCAACAAGUGGGUGGCAGGAUAUCUAGACGAAAGGUAUGUUUCAUCCCUCUUUCCAAAAUUUCGCGUGAUCUUCAUCAGUUAUAUGGGAGUGACGUGCUGCGACCGAUUCUGGUCGAGGAAUAGGAAUGAGCAUUUCUGUUCGUCCUUUCAGACGAGGGCCUACAACUCACGCAGAUCGUCGCGUGAUGGCUGGCAGUUACCAGUCUGGAAGUUUUGACUGA